GCAACUCCUGAAGGCGGCGAGCCCAAACUACAUCUCCCGUGAUUCCUUUUGCACCCGGUAGUAACUGGCAGUGGAGGAGGAAGGCCCACGUGUUUCCCUUCCUCCAGCCCCCUGCCUGCCUAUCUGCUUUUCAUUCUUGGGACACCUUUAACGUUGGGCAACAGCUAGCAAAAACAGUCUUGCACUUUCUCCUGCCUUAGGCUGUUAUGCUGCCUUUCCCCUUUAGACAUUUUGCCAAGCCCCUGAGAAGAUGUUGCCAGAUCGGGGGAAGUUUGCGAGCCCAGCACAGCAAAGCAGCUGCUGCGUCUGCCAAGGAUGCUCUGGGAUGGACCGGGCAAGAGAGCUUGGCUGAGAGCGACCCUGAGAUGUGGGAACUGGUCCAGCAAGAGAAAGAUCGGCAGUGCCGAGGGCUGGAACUCAUUGCCUCAGAGAAUUUCUGCAGCCGAGCUGCCCUGGAGGCCCUGGGCUCCUGCCUGAACAACAAGUAUUCGGAGGGCUAUCCUGGCAAAAGGUAUUAUGGCGGUGCUGAGGUGGUGGACCGCAUUGAACUGCUGUGCGAACGCCGAGCCCUGGAGGCUUUUGACUUGGAUCCUGAGCGCUGGGGAGUGAAUGUCCAGCCCUACUCUGGGUCCCCUGCCAACUUUGCAGCAUACACAGCCCUGUUGCAGCCCCACGAGCGCCUUAUGGGCCUGGACUUGCCUGAUGGAGGCCACCUGACGCAUGGAUAUAUGUCGGAUAUCAAGCGUAUCUCGGCCACGUCCAUUUUCUUUGAAUCUAUGCCCUACAAGCUCAAUCCAGCAACGGGACUGAUUGAUUAUGACCAGCUAGAAGUAACAGCCCGCCUGUUCCGUCCGCGUCUUAUUAUUGCUGGCACCAGUGCCUACGCCCGCCUUAUCGACUACCCCCGCAUCAAGAAGGUGUGUGAGGAGGUGAAGGCCUACAUGCUGGCUGACAUGGCCCACAUCAGUGGCUUGGUGGCAGCCAAAGUCAUCCCAUCGCCCUUUGACUAUGCCGACUUGGUGACCAGCACAACCCACAAGACUUUACGUGGGGCCAGAUCUGGGUUGAUCUUCUACCGCAAAGGUGUCCGUUCUGUGGACAAGAAGACAGGCAAGGAGAUUCCCUACAAUCUGGAGGAGAGAAUCAACUUUGCUGUGUUCCCGUCACUGCAAGGUGGGCCUCACAACCAUGCUAUUGCUGCUGUUGCUGUGGCCCUGAAACAGGCCAGCUCACCCAUGUUCCGGGAGUAUUGCCAGCAGGUCUUGAAGAAUGCUAAAGCCAUGGCAGAGACUCUGCUGCAGAGGGGAUACACCCUGGUCUCAGGGGGCACAGAUAACCACUUGGUGCUUGUGGACCUGCGGCCAAAAGGCAUCGAUGGAGCCCGGGCUGAGCGGGUGCUUGAAUUGGUGUCCAUCACGGCAAACAAGAACACCUGUCCUGGAGACAAGAGCGCAUUAACACCUGGGGGUUUGCGGCUUGGGGCACCUGCACUUACCUCCCGACGUUUCCGGGAAGCCGAUUUCCAGAGAGUGGUGGAAUUCAUAGAUGAAGGAAUCCAAAUUGGCCUGGAUGUCAAAAAGAAAACUUCCAAGCUCCAAGAUUUCAAAUCUUUCUUGCUGACUGACCCAGAGACCAAGAGGAGCCUGGAUGACCUCCGACAACGCGUCGAGACCUUUGCCCGUGCCUUCCCCAUGCCUGGCUUCGAGGAACGUUGAAAAGGAUGCCCGACCAGAGACUAGCGAUCAUGCCCUCGUGGCACCCAAGAGGCCAAAAGCCAGGAAGCCCCUGUUUCCCUUGCCUCUCAGAUGUUAGCCAAUCAGCAGGGGCUGUUCUUCCAGAAGAGCAUCUCCCUAGGCUACUGUUUCCCUCUCCCUGGCCCUCAUUUUUUAGUGACUGCAACAACUGACCUCCUUUUGUUUACAGCAGGGCUAGCCUCUGACUCACAACGUAUUUGUAAUGAUUUGUGCCAUCCAUUAGGCAAGGUGGACUCUGAGAAUUAAAACGGCUUCCACAGUCGCCUUGAAACUGUGCCUGAAUCAAGGCUGAGAAUUUUUGCGAGAGUCUGUCCCGGGAAACCAGCAUGCCAGCGAAUGUACAUAUACCCUUGCCUACAUGCCUAAAUAUGCAGAUGCCUGUGUGUGCAUCACCAGGGAUCUGCAGGUGUUUCCUUACAGCUGCAACCGCCAUAUCAGAGUUUGUUCAUCUAAAGAUAAUUCAUUUGCACAGACAGAUAUUUCAGUUAGAGGCUCAAAGUGCUUUACAAACUUUUUUCAUUAACAGUCAUAAGGAAGUCUUUUGUUCUUUUUCUUUAGCACACGAGGACAACACUGUUUACUUUUCUCUGAAAUUCUACAGGAAUAAUCUCGAGAAUGGGCCGAAAAGAUACUGAGAGCACAAGUUCUGGCUUAACCUGGUUCUCGUGCAAGCUUUCCAGGGUGUAUGGAUCAUAGUUGCAAGUAGGGCUUUUUUUGUAGCAGGAACUCCUGUGCAUAUUAGACCACACAGCCCUGAUGUAGCCAAUCCUUCAAAAGCUUACAGUAGGCCCUGUAAAAAGAGCCCUGUAAGCUCUUGGAGGAUUGGCUACAUCAGAGGGGUGUAGCCUAAUAUGCAAAGGAGUUCCUGCUACAAAAAAGCCCUGGUUCCAAGAUUCUUCUCCCAGGGUCCAAAAUGCACCAAAAGUCAAUUUAUUGUGAUUAAAAAAAAAAAUUGCAAAAAGUAA